GCUCUUUUCAUAAUAGUAACCGACAUAUUGAGUCAGAAUUACUCAAGAUUGUUCAAAAUUAUUCAUGUCUUGACGAGUUAUCAUUAUUUGUCAAUGAAAUUCAACACCUUUUAGAAUGUUUGCCUUAUAUUGCUCUUAAGGAAACAGUCAGUAGCCUCACAGCUAAUAAAGAUUUUGAUUUGAUGAAAUAUUCAGAAUUUUUAACAAUGUCAAAAAAUGUAAAUAAGAAAGCAGGAACAGGGUCAGAGCCUUUUCUGGGUGCACUUCUUAAACUAAUGAAGAGUGUGAAAUUGUCAUUAGAAAUAUUAGCAUUAUUAGUAGAAUAUUACAAUAAUGCAUAUAGAACAAUAGCAGUUUUCUCACAAAUUAAUCAAUUUGGUAGAUUAAGACUUGGAGCGGAAGUAUAUGAAUCAAUGUACACAAAAAGACAUAUCAGAUCAGCAAAUGUAUUAUCUAAAUUUGUUUUAGAUGAUAAUAUGACUGAUACCUAUUUAGGUCAAAUACAAUAUUUUUGA